GUUAUCCUCUUCUUUUUUUCUUUUUCUUUUUCCUUUUUGUGUGGGGCUUAUGAAUUGCAAUACUAUUCUGUCUUUUCUUGACAUUUUUUUAGUGACUAUUACUAUGAUCAUGUGCGUCCUGUUAGAAAAACACAUUAGUAGGAGAUAUUGUCAUAUUACUUUUGAGAAUUUUUAUUGUAACUUUUUUACCUUAUAACUUUUUUUACCUUUUUUACCUUAUGAAUGGCCAAACCUUUAGGAAUCAGGAUUAUUUGCUUUUUCAAUGAUCAAAAUGGUUGAUAAAUCUUUCAUUCAACUUUUGUUUAUUUUGGAGCUACAGAUACAGGUUGAGGUCCAAGGUUGAUAUUGAGAAUAUGGCAGAGGCUUUCUCUUGUUGGCAACGGUAUGGCACAAACCUAACCAAGAAGUCCUCAUCAGCAAAAGAACCAGAGGCUGCUUCUGUUGGCUGGGGAGGUGCUGUUGAUCAGUCUGGCAUGUCAGCUUCACAAGGAAAUAGUUUUCGAUGGCAAUGGCAUAAGGAUCCAAGAUUGGAUUGUCUUGGAUUCCGAGGGGUUUUUCUAUCCAAUACAAUACCACCUUUGGUUGAGGCUGACAAGGAAACUGAUGAAAAAAAUUAUCUUCUAUGGAGAUUAGAGAAAGGGGUUGUAGAAGGCUCAACGGAGAUCCCAAAAGGUAUGGGACCUUGUUACUGGAAGACUUUUACAAACUCGAGGUUGUCCACUACCAAUUACUGCAAUAGUUGUUGAUCCAACAGAGAUGAAGUUAUUUUCUGGUGGUAUAGAUUACUAGUGGAUAUUUCUUUUUUGUAUACGGAGGACAUCAUUUUUUGUAUGAUUAUCUGUUUGUAUGGAAUUAUUAUUUUGGGUUGG